CCUCCCUCAGAUCUUAAAACUCCUUCAGGGAGUUAUUUUUCUCACCUGCCUGAGUGUCCAUGUUGCCCUUUUUCCCCGCACUGGCAGCUUGCUUUUCACUGCAGCCUGGCUUGGGCCUCGAUUUCCUUCUCUUUGGAAUGGGCUGGUGGCCCAGGUUUCUGCAUUCUGCCUGGUUCCCCUGCCCAGCACUGGCCAUCCUCUUUCCUGCAGGAUGAUUGCAGCUGUCGACACAGACUCCCCCCGCGAGGUCUUUUUCCGAGUGGCAGCCGAUAUGUUUUCCGAUGGCAACUUCAACUGGGGCCGGGUAGUCGCCCUCUUCUACUUUGCCAGCAAACUGGUGCUGAAGGCCCUGUGCACCAAGGUGCCCGAACUGAUUAGGACCAUCAUGGGCUGGACAAUGGACUUCCUUCGAGAGCGGCUGCUGGGCUGGAUCCAGGACCAGGGUGGUUGGGAUGGCCUUCUCUCCUACUUUGGGACACCCACGUGGCAGACCGUGACCAUCUUUGUGGCUGGAGUGCUCACGGCAUCGCUCACCAUCUGGAAGAAGAUGGGCUGAGGUCACCAACUGCCUUGGACUGUUUUUUCUGCAUAAAUUAUGGCAUUUUUCUGGGAGGGGUGGGGACUGGGAUCAUGGGCA